GAAUUCAGCUACUUACGGAUUUCACAACUGCACAUCGUACAGUAAAUAUGUACAUGUCAAACGAUAUUUUUUACUCGUAAGAAAUCCGAGCGUGGGCGAACAUCGUAAAUCACGUAAAGUUUAGUCGAUCGAAAGGUUGUGUAGGGGCGGCAGAACAGAACACGCUUAGUCGUUAAUGUCAGAUAAUUGUAAAAAAUUCAGCAACGGAGAUUACAAAGCCCAUACAUACAUACAUACAUUAUUUCAUAAAAAUAACACGUUUGUGCGACAAAUAAUUUUGCGAGCAAUGUAGUUUCAUUUCAAAUUGCUUGAACAAAGCCCUAAAAUUUCGUUAUCUUAUAAAUGCAAGAUAUUCUGAUAUUAAUUAACUUGAAGAGCCGCUUACAAUUGUUAAUAAAGAGAUUAAAAAACGACCUCAACGUAUACGUACAUAUCCAAAAACAAAACUCGAUGUAAAAAAAAAACUUGAAAAGUAACAGUUGGUUUUUGUGUUUAUAGGAAGUACAUAGUACAUAUGUAUAUGUAUGUAUUUUUUAAGCAUAUACAGUUACUGCGAAAUAAGUGUAAAACAUAUUCAUCAAACUUAGCAAAGAAAUGGCCAAAAUAAUUUUAUACCUUUUUGUGCUCUGUGUCGUGUUGAUGCACCAAUCACGUGCCAACCCGAUCGGUGGAAAAGCGCUUGUGGCUACUGAGUUUAUGGUGUUGCACAACAAUGACAUGCAUGCUCGUUUCGAACAGACGAACGUAAAUGGCGGCAACUGUUUGCAAGCGGAUGCCGAUUCCAAUAAAUGCUACGGCGGAUUCGCGCGAGUUGCACAUGAAGUGCGAAAAUAUCGAGAAGAGGCGAAGAACGGUGGCACACCCGUGAUUUAUUUGAAUGCUGGCGACACAUACACCGGCACGCCAUGGUUCACUAUUUUCAAGGAUAAUAUUAGUGCAGCAUUCCUGAAUAAAUUGCAACCAGAUGCAAUUUCACUGGGCAAUCAUGAGUUUGAUGAAAAAAUUGAAGGUCUCCUGCCAUUCCUGGAAAAAGUUAAUUUCCCCGUUUUGACAUGCAACUUGGAUUUAAGUAAGACGCCCGAACUGAGUGCGGCCAAGAAUUUAAUGAACUCAACAGUCCUCGAAGUUAACGGUACAAAAGUUGGUCUAAUUGGUUAUUUGACACCCGAUACCAAGUUUUUAAUAACACCCAACACCCUUGAAUUUAAAGACGAAAUUGAAUGCAUUAAUGAGGAGGCUGCAAAGUUGAAAGCACAAGGUAUAAACAUAUUAUUCGCUUUGGGCCAUUCAGGUUAUCAAACAGACCAGAAGAUAGCGGCUAAUUGUCCAGAAAUUGAUUUGGUUAUUGGCGGUCAUUCACACACAUUUUUAUAUACCGGGAACGCGCCCGAUGUGGAACCUAUUGAAGGCCCCUAUCCGACAAUUGUGAAGCAGCAGAGCGGCAAAGAAGUGCCAGUUGUGCAAGCAUAUGCCUACACAAAAUAUUUAGGAAAAUUGCAUUUACAGUUCGAUAAGGACGGAAAUCUGAUCGAAAUUGAUGGCACGCCAAUUUUGUUGAACGCUGAUGUGCCACGAGAAAGCGAUAUUCUACAAUUACUUGAUGUGUAUCGUCCAAACAUUACCGAUCUGGAGAACACAAUUGUAGGCCAUACAAAGGUGCAAUUAGAUGGUCGUUCGACUGUGUGUCGCAGUGUGGAAUGUAAUUUGGGCAAUUUAGUUGCUGACUCAAUGAUUUAUGCUCGAGUUAUCGAAGACCAAGGUGGUGCUUUCUGGACUGAUGCACCAAUUGCAAUCAUGAAUGGCGGAGGUAUACGUUCCGGAAUCGAUAAGCGCUCGGAUGGUUCAAUUACAGAAAAUGAUGUUAUAACUGUUCUGCCGUUUAAGAACAAUUUGUAUGUGAUUAGUAUAUCUGGAAAACGACUACGCGAAAGCCUCGAAUUGUCGGCCAAAAAACGCACUCAAGACUCUAAUGGCGGUUUUCUACAAUUUUCUGGUUUACAUGUCACAUACGAUUACCGCAAUGAGGAGGGUAGUCGGGUUACUUCGGUGGAAGUACGCUGUGGUGAAUGUGAUAUGCCAGAUUACGAACCGUUGGACGAUUCCAAAACAUAUAAGAUUAUAUCUACUGCAUUCUUGGUAAAUGGUGGAGAUGAAUACAAUUUGGUUGAGAAUGGUACAGAACCCAUAUUGAUGAAAUGGAGUGAUGAUGAAGCGCUAGUUGAAUAUUUAAAACAUCGUGAUUUCAUAUAUCCUGAAUUGGAAGGUCGAAUUGAGGUUAUUGAGUCAAGCACCUCCGGCGCAUCGAAUGCCAAAUCCUUUAUAAGCCUAACUCUUGCCAGUUUAGUAAUGCUUUUUCUUCGAGCCAUCCAUUAGAUAUUUAUCUGCUUUAUAAACAAUCGCCCAAAUAAUAUUUUUUAUUGCAUUAAACAAUGUGCUUUUAUUAAAUUACAAAAAUUUGUAUAAAUCUUUAUGGGGGCACAUUUCAGAUAUUGAUUAUUAAUAGCACAAACGCAAUUUUACAUUAAUUUUGAACUUAAAAAUAUAGAUUACCAAAAACUUUUCGUGCAUCUCGUUUUGUAUAAUAAAUAACAAAAAAAA